AUGCAGAGAUCUUCAACCUUUCAAUAUGUAAAGGGAAAGGGGAAUUUCAAGAAUUUGAGAGUGCGCUUAAAGAAGGAGUAUAGAAACAUGAAAACCUUUGAAAACUGGAGGAAGACAAUUAUGUUACUUUGCUUUGCUGCUUUCGCUAUUGAUCCUUUGUUUCUCUUUAUCCCUGUGAUUGAUUCUCAUAGAUUCUGCUUUACUUAUGACAAGAAGCUAGGGCUAGCAGCUUGUGUCAUUCGUACUUUUAUGGACUCAUUCUAUGUAAUUCACAUCAUUUUCCGUUCAAUAACCGAGCUCAUUGCUCCUCGUUCACAAGUAUCUUUAAGAGGCGAGAUAAUUAUGCAUUCCAAGGCUACAAGGAAAAAGCGCCUCAUCUUUCGCUUCAUGGUUGACAUUGCUUCAAUUCUCCCCAUUCCUCAUGUGGUGGUUCUCACUUUCUUUAUACGGAAGCAAAAGUCUGCCUUGCUGGUGUCAAAGGACAUAUUAAAAAAGGUUAUAAUAUGUCAAUAUAUACCAAGAAUCCUCUGUAUCUAUCUGCUUUUCCAAGAAGUGACAAAGGCCUCUGGUACGGUAGUAGAAACAAAGUGGAUUGGAGCUGCUUUAAACCUUUUCCUCUACAUGCUUCCGAGUUAUGUGUUUGGGGGUUUCUGGUACUUCAAUGCAAUACAAAGGGAGAACUUAUGCUGGCAUGAUGUGUGUGCUAGAACACCUGGAUGCAAUGUCAUGAAUCUAUAUUGUGCACGAGGUAGCGAAGACAACAAUCGUUUUCUGAACAAUUCAUGCCCAUUAAUUGACCCUGGCCAAAUCACAAACUCCACAGUCUUCAAUUUUGGUAUGUAUAUUGAUGCAUUGAAGUCAGGGGUGGUAGAGUCCAGGUAUUUUCCAAGGAAGUUCUUCUACUGCUUUUGGUGGGGUCUUCGAAAUCUUAGUGCUUUGGGUCAAAACCUGGAGACAAGCAACUCUGUAGAGGAGAUCGUGUUUGUCAUAAUCAUCUGUAUACUUGGUUUACUCUUGUUUGCUUUACUCAUUGGAAACGUUCAGAAGUACUUGCAAUCGACUACGAUCAAAGUAGAUGAAAUGGAGGAGAGAAAAAGAGACAUAGAAAAGUGGAUGUCUUAUCGGAACCUACCCGACGAUCUCAAGCAACGCAUUAGGAAAUACGGGGAAUACACAUGGAAACAAACUAGAGGCAUCAAAGAGGAAGCUCUUCUUCGUAGCCUUCCUAUAGACCUCAGACUCGAAACCAAACGACAUCUUUACCUGAAUCUAUUAAAGGGUGUUCCUUUGUUUGAGGGCAUAGAUGAUGGUUGGUUACUAUCAGCAAUGUGCAACCGGGUGAAGUAUGUGUUCUACUCGGCAGAUAGCUACAUAGUAAAAGAGGGUGACCCAAUGGAGGAAAUGCUGAUUAUAACAAAAGGAAAACUAAAAAGUACAACUAGGUCUCAUGAAAUAGGUGAAGAACUAAAAGCAGGUGACAUAUGUGGAGAACUUCUCUUUAAUAGUUCUUCCCUUCCCACCUCAACCAGAACUAUAAUAACUCUUACCGAAGUUGAAGGUUUCACUCUCUCGCCUGAUGAUGUCAAGUUUGUAGCUUCUCAUUUUAAUCACCUUCAAAGCGUGAUACACAAACAAAUGAGCAGAAUAUAUAUAUUUUUCAGAUCAUCAGCAGCAUGCGUCAUACAGGCAACAUGGAAGGAAUAUGUGAGAAGGAAGCUUUCUAACAACUUACGCGCCGAAAGAGAGAAUCAGCAAAUUACACAAGACACUGAUCAACAUGACUAA